AUGAAUAGGGGUGAACAAGAGUUUAGAGAUAGGCAUCUUAACCAAAAAUAUGAUUUAAUCCAUUUCCUUCCCAGUCUUGGCAUACCCCAAUUGUCUGGCUUUUAUUUUAAAAAUUUUCUAAAUGCUAGCAAAAGAUAUCAUUUACAACUAUCCGAAAUAAUAACUACUAAAGACUCAAAAUUUUGUGGGUCUUGUGGGUGUGUAAGGAUACCUAAUGUUAAUUUUGAUAUGCUAGUAGAAAAUAUAGAAGGUGAUAACGGCCAACAGAGAAUAUUGAAGUAUACUUGUAGAAACUGCAAACAUUGUUCUAAAUUUGAAUUAGAAACCCCAAAUAUAGGGAAAAAACGUGAAGAUAAUAAGAAGGAGGAGGAUUUUAUAGCAACUUGGCCAAGUAAAAAGUCGGCUAAUAAAGUUGAAAAGAAGACAACUUCUGCUAGAGACAGAUCUAAAAAGAGAAAAAUGAACUCAUUACUCAAUAGAUUGAAAGAAAAGAACGAUCAAAAAUUGAAAAGUUCUUCUUCUGUAUUGAGUUUGGAGAGCUUUAUGAAAAAUUAA